ACGAUUUUCAGACCUUUUCGUAAAAUUGUCUUAACUGAGAAGGCCAUAUGAAACCAGCGUUCGUAGACCAAUCGUAAGUUCGCAGACUGGUCAUUGGUCUUGUCCAAGAUUUUGUUCAACUUCGUACGAAAAUCUCUGUUCGUAAGGCGGCCGUAUGAACGUCGUAAGAACCAUGCAAGAUCUUCGUACACUUUGUAGGCUUUAAAUUUUCAGCCUCAAAUUCUUACGAUGAUCGUAAGAACACCUUAAAUGAUUUCGCGACAUGCAUACGAGUAGGACGUAGGUUUCUUGCCUCUCCGUAUUUUUUCGAACUUUCCUCGCUAUAUGCGCUGUAAACGGACUAUAUAACUUGCAAUCGACCGACGAUGAACUCUCAAAGGACAAGACUCGCAAGAAGGGCCAAAGGACACUUGGAAAUGCAGGAGGAAGACAUAAGUUUAGACCAUUUUUACUCCUCUCCUGCCACGUCAACCGAUGGGCUUGACGUACGAUGGUCACGUGACAUCACCACCGCGAAGCUUGCCCGCCGCAGCUGUUGGCGCAUUGUCGGACUCUGCGAGCCGCUCGACAACCUCUGACCCCAGCCCUGUAAGCAUUGCACACAUAGAUUGAUACUUUAUUAAAAUGACUGAAAAAUUGAAACAAUGAUUACAAAAGCUGUUGACUCUCUAGUCGAAAAUGUAAAGAGGGUCGAGCGAGACCUGGGGGCGGCAAUCGAAUUCGAGUCCCAAAGAGUAAACGAACUCCAGGAAAAGAACGCUGCACUUGAGAAGAAGAUCUCCACACUCGACACGCAGAUGACUUCGCUUCUCCGAGAAUCGGCUGAGCAGAAAGCUGGGAUUAACAAAGCAGAACGCUUCUCUCGCCGAAACAACGUGCGCCUCGUUGGAAAACCGGAAAAUACAGUCGAAGAUUGCAUCCAGAUUGUUCAGAAUGUCAUGAGUGAUAAAUUUGGAAUAACCCCCAGGAUCGAGAGAGCUCACCAAGAUGGUAAGCCCGAUGCUGAUCGUCCACGGCACAUCCUCUUUAAGUUCUUAUCAUUUCGCGACAAAGUUACCGUUAUGAAGUCUACACGAGCAUCUCUAGCCAACGAAAACUACUUAAUGAUCGAUGACCUCACUAAAGAUGAUCUCACAGAAAAGCGAAGGCAUGCUCAAGAAGUAAGUCGUCUUUAUCAACAGGGGACGAAGCUAAAGUUCUCAGCGGGAAAAUGGCGCCAUAUGAAUAGAACCCUGUUCGACUUUACAUCAGAUGGCUAAAGGAGAAAUCAAGAGAACGGAAGUUAAGAAUGCCUCCUUGUUGGACAACGGUCAAUUGCUGUCCGUGGAGUGGGCUGAUAGUCAUCAUGGAAUCUUUCCCACUGACUGGCUUCGAGGUCAUCGGUUUGACCAGUCCCAACCGGACCCUAUUGAGGGCAACCGGCCUCAUCUCUGGGGCCACGACGUCAUGUCAACACCGCACUUCAGAAUGUUCGAAUUCGACGAAGUGAUGGAGAGCGACGACGCCCUCUACGACUGGCUCAAGAUGCUAUUUAAUCUCGGGAUCGCUGUCCUCAAGAACGCACCAAUUGAGCAGUGUCAGCAGUACAGCCUUCAAAAGAGACUGGGAUACGAUUCUCCUGCUCCUUCCUCGUCAGGAAUCUUGAACCAGGCGAAGCUGCACAUGAAAUCCUACCAUCCAGUGUACACCGCAGCGAGCCUUCAGCUCCACAACGAUUUAAGCUACUAUACCCAGGCUAAAGGAUUUCAGCUGUUCCACUGCAAACAGCAAGUAACUGGAGGAGGCGGAGACAGUCUGCUCGCGGAUGGCUUCAAGGUCGCCGAGGACUUCAGGUGUCAGAACCCGGAGUCUUUCAGGAUUUUAACCAGAAUUCCCUGGGAAUAUAAGCUCGCUAUCGACAAAAACUACCAUGUUGCUCGUCGCGAAGUCAUCAGACUUGACACUGACGAAGAGGUGUGUCAGAUCACAAUUAAUGACAUUUGCAGAGCAGCCAUGCUGCGGAUACCCCUGCAGGAUGUCAAGAAGGCAUAUGUGGCACUCAAGGAAUUCACCAACAUGCUGUAUCAUCCAGACAACCUGGUACGGUACAAGCUGGAGGCUGGUGACAUUCUGGCCUUUCACAAUCAUCGUAUUUUACAUGGUCGUCUAGGCUUCAGCAUGAAAGCUGACACUCAGAGGCAUCUGGAAACAUGCUACUCAGACUGGGAGAUCGUGUCUGGACGGAUGCGCAAUCUGAAAAAGCAGCGACUGAGAAAAUCUCAGGGGGAAAAUCAGAAGUGAAAACUUGGGAGAGAUGGUAACGGCAAAGCAACACCUUGGAUCCGCCACUGGUGACGACACACUUUUACCCUUGUCAUUUAAUCUGCGGACCGGCUCAUAUAACCCGUUAUGGACAUUUUUAUUUAGUUAUUCUUCUAUUAUGAUAACAAAAUCCGGCUAAAUUUCGGCAAUAAUGGUUUAUCGCUCACCCCCCUCGAUAUUUUGAAGUCAGGGGCGGUGUACCAAAGUGGGGUUGCACCAAUAAAAGAAGAUACUUUCUGAAAGAAAAGGGGGCACCUAUACAAAGGGUAGCCUAAACGCGAAAAAAUAUAAUUUUUAGACAGUAUAUAUCCCUAAAUUGUAACAGGGAUGAUACUCAAAAUUGUCUCUUUACGUGGUCCAGGAUACUGCUUCAGUACCGUAUUAUUUAAAUAAAACCACAAAUCCUGAUGGAGUUUUAAGCACAAUCUCAUAAUGAAAGAACGAAUAAGUCCUUUAAUAAUGACUUAAUUUGAUACUAUACAUGCAAGCGAGUGAGUUUUGGGGAGGUGCAAGACUUAUAUUUCUCGCAGUCGCUUUAAAUUAAGGGCGCAUAUUUUUAAGCAGGCUAUGGGCUUUGUUAUUGUUUAUUGGGAGAUGAGGGUUGAUAUUACUCAUCUUGUCAUAGCACGUAUGAUGAUUAUGUCUCCUUUAACAUGAUUGACAUUUGGUAAUGUAAAUGCAAUUGCCUUGGGUUUGAAAACUCUUUUGUCGUUUUAACUUUUAUAUUCUUUAACAAAAGGCAAUUGAUUACUUUGGUAUUCUAUGAAGUUCACAGGGUAUAUGGUUUAACAGAUGAGAGGUUGAGCAGUCGAGUAGAAUAUGCCAUAGUGGUUUUAAUGGGGCAAACAUGUAGUGUAAAAACGGCACACUUCUCAUAUUGAAAUGACUUGAGAAGGGACAUUGGAAUAUCAGUGAAAACGACCACUAUUAUAACCUAAAAGGAGCACAAUCCUUUCUUAUGAAACUUGGGGCGUAGUGCACUGCCCCAUCCCUUACAUCGUGGUGGUAGCAAUACGUUACCUGUUACUACACAAAGCUGCUACAAUUCUUGGAAACACGGGCCCUUAUAAGAAGGGGUACAUUUGGGGUACUUGACAAGUACAUGGCUUUAGCAUUUAGCAUCAUUUUGUACUGCGUUAUUACCUACAUUAAAUAAUUUAAUAUAAGGAAA